CCUCGUGUCUCGCGAAUCCAACGCAUCAAACGGUUUGCGAUUUCGUUGAGAAACGAAGGAGAUAUGGUCAAAAUACCGAGACUGCGUCGGUGGCGACGGGCCUCUCAGGAACUCCCAGAGAGUAUCAUAGAGAAGACCCGACGUUGGAAGCUUGAAGUUGAUAGAGGUGUCCGUACGUUGAACGUUCGUUGAGGCGUAUACUUUAUUCCUAUCACUUCCGUCUUCAACGUUAUCAAGGCGAGUACAUUGCACCCUAGUAACGCAAUCCUUGGUUGAAUAUCAAUCUAGAUAUAUCUUUAGGAUUGAUUGCCAUAUUAUAAGUCAUUUGUGCUUUAAGAUCAAACUCAUUAGACUCAUAAAGUAAAAAUAUGUUUUUCUUGAUACUUCACCUUAAAUGAAAAUGUAAAUGUUAAGAAUAUUUCAAAUACAUAGAUAUGUUAAUCAUAAGUGUUAAAAUAACUCAAAGAAGUAUUUUAGAUGUCAAAAAAAUAUAAAAGAAAAAAUAAAAAAAAAAUUCGCGCCAAACGGUUGACUGUUCCGAGUCCCGUAGCUUAAUUAAAUGAUAUUUUUAUCAGAUUUCAUCCAAAUAAAAUAAAGUAUAUUUAUCCAAUCAUGUUGUUUACAAAUUGUUCAUAUCAUGUGAUUCAUUUCAUCAUCCAUAUUGAAACAUAUCACAUCAUGUGCAUGCGCAAGAGAUCAGGCAGAAGUGCGUCUCUUGUAGUUGUGAUUGUGCGGGACUUAGCAGUCCGACAUCACGGACCGGGCUUAGUGUACGUACAUGGUACUUAGGCUUUCGAGUACCACCCCUAUUUCUGCGUGAGUUCGUCGUACAAAAUGGGCGAAUCUCAUAGUUCAAGGCUUGUCCUUGUGACCUAGAAUCAUACAGCAUGAAUUCAUCAUCAAGCAAAUGCAAUCAUUAUGACUAUGUAUGACAUCCAUUACGUAUCACAAUCAUCAUUUGAGCAUACAUGCUAUAUUAUGUCAUAUCAUGAUAAUUAUAUGUCUACUUGCU